CUCUCUCUAUCUCUCCCUCCCUCCCUCCCUCCCUCACUCUCUCACCACCCUCUCCUUAUUCCUUAUUGCUGGUCGACUUCCUCCUGCCGCGGCAAUGCUCUGGGAUAUUCAGCUGGAUCAUUUUGCAACAGUGCUGCAGUUAGUCUGAUCCUGAUUUUCAAUCUUUUAAAAAAGCUACACUCACAAUCUUGUGACCUUUAAGCCCCGAGUCUUCUUUAACGGAUCAGAUCAGUGAUCAACAUUUUGGAUUGGCCAAGCUGUCAGGUGACAUCACAGGAAGCUGGAUGUUGGAAGUUCCAUCCAACCCAAACGCUCUUGGCUGUAAUGAGUGUCAAUGUUUUCAUGACUCUGUCAGUCUGAGAGACAUCCAGGCGCUUCACAGAGACCAAACUCUGUCUCUGAACAAAUACUAAAAAAAACCCACCUCCUCUUCUCCUCCACCAGGCCGAGAUGAAUGAGGAGGUGGAGGAGUCACAGCUGUCUGUGGAAGUUCUGGAGGCUGAGGAGCAGGAGCAACAGGAGCAGUGGGAGCAGGAGGUUUUACAGCAACAGGAGGAAGCGGUAGGUCAAGAGGAAGUAGAGUUUGAGGAAGGGCAGCAGGAGGAGGUGGUGCUGCAUCAAAAAGAGGAGCAGGAAUCGCAGCAAAAGAAAGAAGAGAACCAGGGGGGGCAGAUGCAACUAGAAGAGCAGGAGAAGGUGCAGCAGCUUAAGGAGCUGCAGCAGACUGAGGAGGAGGAGCUGCAGAAGGAGGAGGUGCAGACUGAGAAGAUGUCAUGGACUAAGGAACAGCAGAUAGAAGUACAGCAGCAGACUGAACAGGAGCAGCGAAUUGAGAAGGAGCAGCAUCAGACAGAGAAAGGGCAGAUUGGGGAACUGCAGGACUUUGACGACCCUCUGGAGCGAACCCAAAACAACCAGGUCCUGAUUCGUCUGAGAGGAAUGCAGAAAUAUAAAAAUACAUCAAAGAGGCUUAAGGAGGUCCUGGAGCAGAUGGACCGUGGUGUUGUGGACCUACAGGAACUCCGCUGGAACCUGGAGCUCGCUGCUGCCAUGUUAGAUGCUAUUUAUACUGAUGAGACCAGGCGUCUGCUGGACACUGAGGAUGAGCUCAGUGACUUUCAAGCAGAGUCGGUGCCUAGCGAAGUACGUGACUGGCUGGCAUGUACCUUCAGCAGGAAGAUGGGUGUAACCAAACGUCGUCCCGAGGAGAAACCAAGAUUCAGGAGCAUUGUCCAUGCUGUACAAGCUGGGAUAUUUGUAGAGAGGAUGUACAGACGGACGUCCAACAUGGCUGGUCUGACCUACCCUCCCACAGCUUUGACAGCUCUUAAGGAAGUCGAUCAGUGGUCAUUUGAUGUUUUUUCCUUCCAUGAGGCCACCGGAGACCACGCCCUCAAGUUCCUGGUCUAUGACCUGCUGACUCGUUAUGACCUCAUCAACAGAUUCCGGAUCCCUGUGCAGGCUCUCGUGCAGUUUGUUGAAGCUCUGGAGAAUGGCUACAGCAAACACAAGAACCCCUACCAUAACCUGAUUCAUGCCGCUGAUGUCACUCAGACUGCCCACUUCUUGAUGCUGCACACUGGACUGAUGCACUGGCUCAGCGAGCUGGAGAUUCUUGCAAUGGUUUUUGCUGCAGCUAUUCAUGACUUUGAACACACAGGAACCACCAACAACUUCCACAUCCACACCAGGUCGGAGGUGGCCAUACUGUACAAUGACAGGUCGGUGCUGGAGAACCAUCAUGUCAGUGCUGCCUACAGACUGAUGGCAGAGGAGGAUAUGAACAUCCUGGUCAACCUGAACAAAGAUGACUGGAGGGAGCUGAGGGCUCUGGUCAUAGAGAUGGUGAUGUCAACAGACAUGUCGUGUCACUUUCAGCAGAUCAAAACCAUGAGGAAUGCCCUGACACAGACACACAGUAUAGACAAAGUGAAGGUUUUGUCUCUGAUGCUUCAUGCUGCAGACAUCAGUCAUCCAGCCAAGGCCUGGCCACUGCACUACCGCUGGACUCACAGUCUGAUGGAGGAGUUCUUUAGACAAGGAGAUAAAGAGGUGGAACUCGGCCUUCCUUUUUCUCCACUCUGCGAUCGCAAAGCCACCAUGAUUGCCCAGUCACAGAUAGGUUUCAUAGACUUCAUUGUUGAGCCGACUUUCAGUGGUUUAAUUGACACAACAGAAAAGGUGAUUGGUCCUCUAAUAGAAGAGGACAGGAGGGCCAGAGAGACUGGAAACAGGAGGUCUAGUCUAACAGGAAGUGGUUCAGUUACUGUGGAGUCAGUGCAGAGACACAGUAGUGGUCGGCAUGGAAACAGUGAUGAUGGACAGAUGGACUUUUCCCUGACAGCCAUUGAGCUACCGGCUCUGAGGCUCCACCUUUCUGGCGUCAUAGCCAGCAACAAGGACAGAUGGAAAGAGCUGUCUGUGCAUGAGCUGGCCAAUAAAGCGCAAGAGGAACAGGAGGAAGUGGCAUCUAAUGUCAACUCAGAUAUCCAAUCACACAUCUCACCCAGUCACAGUGUCUCUGAUGGACACACCUCUAACCAAUCACAAAAGUCAAAUGGCUCCCCUCCUGAUCAAACACACAAUGACAAGUUUUCAUCCCACAAGUCUGCAGAUCACCUGACCUGGAAUGGGGCGGGGCCAAGGGUGGAGAAAGAGGAGGAUGAUGAAGUGCCUGAAAAUGCCUGAUGGGGGACGAUGAUGAAGUGCCUGAAAAUGCCUGAUGAAACUCCAUGGCGAACUCACCACUGUAUGUGGCAGAUCACCAUGGCAACAGAUGUUGCAGUGCAGUGACAAUGACAGUUCAGGCUCUUCUUUUUAAAUACAGCAGCUAACUCAAUGUAGAUCUGUGGCCCCUAAAGAACCAUCAGACCUUAUGUUUACAACUGACCAUGAAUAUAUCACAUUCAAGGUGACAACAUUCAGCAGAUAACAACUUCUCAGCAGCUUCAUGGUCCAUUCACAGUGUAGUGGUGAAAGUGUUUUGUGACUUUAUUAGAGAUUCAGAAAGUGGAAAUAUUAAAACUGAAAUAUUAAAAAUAAAGACAUUUUAAAAACCAAAGAGUUUACAGUGGCUGAAAAUUUCCUGUUCAUGGCUAAGGCAGGGUAACUGUCCAUAAUCUAGAGGAAUGAGACAUGGAGCUGUUAAGAAGCAGUUACAGUGGUUUGGGGAAUAAAGUUAAGAAGAGCAUGAGGUAUGUUGUUUUAAACGUUACAAUAUGUGAAAACGUGGUGUUUUCCUCAGUUGUCUGUUCUAGGUUCAAAUUGUCAGAAUAUUUAGCUUCAGGUCACAACCCAAUAUGUGAUGUCAGAGUCAUCAAAGAAUAGUCAAUAGGAGCUGUUGUUAACCACGCUAGUGGCAUAGAUGAAAUAUCAACAUCUAUUGGAUGGAUUGCAAUGAUGAUCUUGGUUCCCAGAGGAUGUUUCAUAUUGGUUUUGUUGACUAACCUUUAGUCUUAAAGUAUCAGCAGGUCUAAGUUUUCACUUGUCCAGUAAAAUAGCUCAAUACCUUUUAAAUAUGUGAUUUAUUCAUGAUUCCCAGACAAUAAAUGCUAAAGACUAA